GCAACAAUUCAAAAAACGUUGCUAGAUUUGAGUAAGAGAUCACCUUAUAUUCCUAUGUUUCCCAUAUUAUUUCUGGUCGCUUACACGUCUUUAUUCUAUGCAGUUGUUUCGGUUUUGUUGCUUGUUGUAAUGGGUUCCCGUUUUUACAUAAGUAGAAAAAUCAUGUCUAGUGGCGUUGUCAUUAUUUUCAGGCAA